AUGCCCGUUCUCGAAGACUACCAGAAGAAUUUCCUAGACUUGGCUGUGGAGUCACAGUCGUUGAGGUUUGGCGACUUCACCCUCAAGUCGGGCCGUAAGUCGCCAUACUUUUUCAACCUUGGCCUGUUUAACACAGGCAAAUUGUUGAGUAAUUUGGCGACAGCCUACGCCAUCGCUAUUAUCCAGUCGGAUUUGAAAUUCGACGUUAUCUUUGGACCAGCCUACAAGGGCAUUCCUUUAGCCGCUAUUGUCUGUGCCAAGUUGGCCGAGAUUGGUGGCACCAAGUUCCAGGAUAUACAGUAUGCCUUCAACCGGAAAGAAGCCAAAGACCAUGGCGAGGGAGGAAACAUUGUUGGUGCCAGCCUAAACGACCAGCGGAUUCUGAUUAUUGACGAUGUGAUGACUGCAGGCACUGCAAUCAACGAGGCAUUUGAGAUUAUCAAGACCGCUGGUGGCAAAGUUGUGGGCACGAUAAUUGCGUUGGACAGACAGGAGAUCGUGGACACAACUUCUAAGGAAGGCUUGACGGCAACCCAAUCUGUGAGCAAAAGAUAUGACAUCCCAGUUUUGAGCAUUGUAUCCUUAGCAGACAUCAUUGCCUACUUGGACGGUAGAAUUUCUCCCGCUGACAAAAGAAGGAUGGAUGAAUACCGCCAGACGUACGGCGCUUAG